AUGCCGGCCGGAAGUAACGGCUGGGAUGAAGCUGCCGCCAAGUUUAAUGCUGGGCCAUACCCUUUCCGUCAUGCAGAAGGUAUCAAGCGCAAGUUUUACACGCUUCGAAACCACGAAAAGCCCACCGGCGAUCCGUCGUGCCCGGUGGAUGUCGUUCGGGCCAAAUACAUCAGUCGUCCCAUCGACGCCAACUGUGCAGUGCUCCCAUGGAAGACGACGAGGACGACAUGGACGACGACAGUCAUGGCGAUGGGCAACGACUAUGCGUCCGAGCAAGAUGAAUGCCAAGUCAAGAUGAACGAGGUCCCUCUCCCUGCGUCGCGCCAUGAGCGCCCCAGUCGCUCCGGCAUGGGCGAGUCGGAGCUCGCUAUGUUGGGGAGCAGAUUGAAGCGGGCCGCAUCGGCCCCCCCCAGUGGUGUAUACCCGCGGGUAUGUGGCGAAGAAACACGUCAAUCAAUUGACAAGUUUAUUGAUGGCGCGAUGGUACCUGACGCCAAGGCAUCGUCGGACAUGAAGUCCAUGACGAUGCUCAUGGGCGUACGCGCUGCUCAGCGCGAAGAAAAACGGCUCGACAAAGUGCUCGAAUGGCGGCAGCAGCAACAAGAGCGUGAGGAAAGAGUCCAGCGAGAUCGAUCUGAACGCGAUGCACAACCCGAUGAAAUGCAGCUCAUGCUGUUCACCAAGCUUUUUGGUAACAACUAG